AAUUCAUCAGAGCAGAUCUGAUCUUUUGAUAAUACUCCUAAAAUAAAAAAUGGUGUCGAAUUCGUCUGAUAUCUCAUCAGACUCCGGCAAAGUAGCUGCCGCAAAACCAACUGGCGAAGGUUCCGUAACUUGCCGUCAAGCGGAAUUCAUCACCGCCGUUCUAAAGAAUGAAGAAGUUGAUAUCACAGCGAAGAAGGCAAAAGCAGAGAUGAAGGAGGCGAAAAGAGAGAAUGAGAGGUUGAAGACCAUAAUAGCUCAGAUAGAGAAGGAUUAUCGUUCUCUCCACACCCGUUUCUCCCACGUACUUUCUCAUCACCCGCCACCACCGCUAGAUGAUCAUUUUCUUCCCGAGUCACAGAUACGACUCGGGUUAGGAAGGAAUCCAUCUAUAGCUACUUUCCCCGAACAUCGUCGUACUUCCAAAUCACCCGUUAAGGACCCCGCCGGAGAUGACAGCCAGGCCCUGAAACUCAGCCUUAAUUACGGCGGCGGCAGCUUUCAACAACCGUGUGAUAGUAGCAAUAAGACGCCUCAGUUGGAGACCAAUAACUACCUGGGGGGGAACCAAGGUCGUCGCCGGAGCCCGGAAAACCGCGUCCCGGAGGUGAUGAAUGGAAAUGGAGGUGACGCUGGCAAGAGAGCUAGGGUUUCCGUAAGGUCACGGUGUGACACUCCAACAAUGAACGAUGGAUGCCAAUGGAGAAAGUACGGGCAAAAGGUGUCCAAAGGAAAUCAAUGUCCGCGUGCCUAUUACCGUUGCACAGUGGUCCCAUCAUGUCCAGUGAGAAAACAGGUCCAACGAUGUUCAGAUGACAUGUCUGUCUUGAUCACAACCUACGAGGGACUGCACAACCAUCCGCUCCCAAUGGCUGCUACCGCCAUGGCCUCCACCACCUCAGCUGCAGCAUCCAUGCUCCUCUUUGGAUCCUCCUCCUCCACUUUACCGCCUUACCCAACCAUUAACCUUGACCUCCCCAACAUGUUUCCAUCCAACGCCAUCCUUCGGUCAACCC